AUGCGUGAAACUGUGGACAUGCAAACGGCCAAGGAGGGUCAAUGCGAAAUCAACUCUAGCUCUACUAUAAAAGAGGAGGAGUUGGUAGUUGACCGGCAUGCUGGAGAGAACGCCACGGAGACCAUCGUCACAAAGAAGAGCAUUGAGGACGAUGUCGCUAGGGAAGCGGAGAGGCUGCCACGAGAGAGUCGAGAGGUGAAACGGAAGUUGAAGCAGCGGCAUAUAGGGAUGAUUGCGCUCGGUGGUACCAUUGGCACGGGCCUCAUAAUAGGUAUCGGUCCACCACUGGCACAUGCCGGGCCUGUUGGUGCGCUAAUAUCGUAUUUGUUUAUGGGGACGGUAAUUUACUCCGUAACACAAUCGUUGGGAGAGAUGGCCACCUUUAUCCCUGUAACAUCUUCAUUUUCUGUCUUUGCGCAGAGGUUUCUGUCGCCAGCGCUGGGAGCAACUAAUGGUUAUAUGUACUGGCUAUCGUGGUGUUUCACCUUCGCGUUGGAAUUAUCCGUUCUGGGGCAAGUUAUUCAGUACUGGACAGACGCAGUACCUCUAUCAGCUUGGAUCGUGAUUUUUUGGUGCCUAUUAACUUCGAUGAACAUGUUUCCUGUGAAAUACUACGGGGAAUUCGAGUUUUGUAUUGCUUCUAUAAAGGUCAUCGCGUUGCUCGGCUUCAUCAUUUUUUCAUUCUGUAUUGUGUGUGGUGCGGGACAAUCUGAUGGGCCCAUCGGUUUCAGGUACUGGAGAAAUCCAGGCGCCUGGGGACCAGGCAUCAUCUCCAGUAACAAAAAUGAGGGCCGCUUUCUCGGUUGGGUUUCCUCUUUGAUCAAUGCUGCAUUUACGUACCAAGGUACUGAACUAGUCGGGAUCACCGCUGGUGAAGCGGCUAAUCCACGAAAAGCGCUCCCGAGGGCAAUCAAGAAAGUAGUAGUGAGAAUCCUAGUUUUUUACAUUCUUUCGCUAUUCUUCAUUGGCCUUUUGGUGCCAUAUAAUGAUCCAAAGUUGGAUGGCGAUGGCACAUUUGUCUCUUCAUCGCCCUUUAUGAUAAGCAUCGAGAACUCAGGUACAAAAGUUCUCCCAGAUAUAUUCAACGCGGUCGUCCUAAUCACCAUUCUCUCUGCAGGUAACUCUAACGUGUACAUUGGCUCAAGGGUAUUGUACAGUCUCUCUAAAAAUAGCUUGGCACCAAGGUUCUUGUCUAACGUGACUAAAAGUGGUGUCCCAUACUUUGCCGUUCUAUCAACAUCAGUGUUCGGGUUUUUGGCCUUCUUAGAGAUUUCUGCAGGCAGCGGUAAGGCCUUUAAUUGGUUAUUGAACAUAACCGGUGUGGCAGGCUUCUUCGCCUGGCUUUUGAUUUCAUUUUCGCAUAUCCGCUUCAUGCAAGCAAUAAGGAAACGUGGUAUAUCGAGGGAUGACUUACCUUACAAAGCUCGAAUGAUGCCUUUCCUGGCAUAUUACGCAUCUUUUUUCAUCGCUCUGAUCGUUCUGAUCCAGGGAUUCACCGCAUUUGCACCGACCUUUCAGCCCAUAGACUUUGUUGCUGCGUAUAUAUCAGUGUUCCUUUUUGCGACUAUCUGGCUGUCAUUCCAAGUUUGGUUCAAGUGUCGCUUGGUCUGGAAGCUGCAGGAUAUCGAUAUAGAUUCUGACCGCCGGCAAAUAGAGGAGCUGGUAUGGGUAGAGCCAGAAUGCAAAACAAGAUGGCAGCGUGUAUGGGAUAUCCUUUCAUGA